GACGUAAAACUCGAUCAUGAAACGCUCCAAUAAACAGCCUAAGGAAGUUUUACGAGAUCACGUGACGGUGAGGUCACAUGACUCACGCCUGACUGUAACAAAGUGCAGGUAGGAUGCGUUUGCCGGUUGGAAACAGCUAUUUAUAUUGGCAACAUGGUUCAGGCAGCAGCAACAGCCUAUUACAGGUUUACCUUGCUAAUUUUCAACUGCCUGCUGACUUUUGGCUCCUACUUCUGCUUUGACAUGCCCAGUGUGCUUCAGCAGCAGUUCCAGGGGAAUCUCACUUGCCUCAAUUCCACUGAGAGCAACGAGACGACAAAUUGUGUCGAGGGUCUCGGGAUGACCCCACAGCAGUACAAUCUUCUCUAUGCUAUCUACGCAUGGACCAAUGCUGUGGUGGUGACACUGUCUGGUUUCCUCACUGACAAGCUGGGAAGUCGUGUUGGGAUCAACUUGUUCUCCUUCCUUAUUGUUCUGGGCUCGGCUACUUUUGCUUUAGGAUCUCACUUCAAGGGCACAAGUUACCUUCUGCCUCUGAUGCUCAUUGGCCGGCUUCUCUUUGGCUCAAGCAAUGGAUCGCUCAUCAUUGCUCAGGACCGAAUUAUUGCCUUCUGGUUUAAAGGUAGGGAGCUUUCGCUGGCUUUCGGCCUACACUUGACUUGUUCUCGUCUGGGCAGUGUCCUCAACUUCUUCCUCACUCCCUCCUUUGAGAGAAACUUUGGGAUUCAAUGGACGCUUUGGGGAGGUAUGUUGCUGUGUGUUCUUAGUUUUUUCUCCGCCAUCAUUGUUAGUGUCCUGGAUAAAGUUGGCACAAAACAGCUUGGACUAGAUGCGCUCCUUCAAGAGGAAUCUAAAAAAGUGCGUUUCCGAGAUAUUCGUCACUUGUCUCUUCGCUACUGGCUCCUUGUGGUCACCAUCAUGUUCUUUUACAAUGGGAUCUUCCCUUUCGUCGCUGAUGCCAGCAAGUUUAUUCAGGAUAAAUAUUCUGGGUACAGUCAGCAAGAAGCCUCCUAUAUUGCUGGUGCUAUCUAUGACUCUUCGCUGCUGCUAUUUUCGAUAGCUGGGAUCCUUGUUGAUUAUGUUGGUCUGAGGGCAAUAAUUGCCCUCAUCUCUGCAGUGCUGACACUCCCAGUUUUUGCACUCCUUGCUUUCACCUUUGUCCCUCCCCUCGUUUCCACGAUAUGGUUGGGAAUUACCUACUCAUUUGCUGCUGCAAGUUUAUGGCCAUCAGUUUUCCUGGUAGUUCCUCACGCAAAUAUAGGAAUAGCUUUGGGGCUUGCAACAUCAGUGCAAAUGAUCGGUAUUGGUCUUUGUCAUUUAGUAGUUGGACAGCUCCUUGGAAACCAGUCCAGGAACCUGAAGAUUCUAGUGUGGCACUGGCAGCAAGUAAUGAUCUUUUUACUGGCAAAUAUCAUCAGCUGUGUCAUUGCUUCCAUCUUCCUCAACAUAGUGGACAAAUGGGAGGGUGGUGCACUGAAUAUGACCACUAAGCAUUCAGAAUCCGCACAACAGGAAACUCCAGAACCAUCAGAAACCUCCCCUUUGCUGAGAGACAGCAGUGGCGAGAACAGAAUUAACUGAGGAACAGUAACUUACCCCUCAUUAGAAAUUGAAAGUGAACUAUUCUCCAGCAGAAUAGCCAGUGAACUUUUUUUUUUUAAAUAUAAACAAAUUCACCUAUGAUCAACUGUCAUUCCCCAGAGAAUUUAUUAAACCUAAUAAUGCCUGGUGUUCCAUAGAAACCUUUUUUGGCUUCUGUGUUCUCACUUCCUCUAGUCUUAAGUGAUUAGACAGCUAACUGUUAGUGGGGUACCAGGAGGUGAAGGGGAUAGAAGUCUGCAGGUGAAGCACUGGUUUUCUGCUAAACUAUCAAACUAGUAGUUGGGCUCUUUUUUUUUCCCUUCAUCUAAGAUUGUGAAAGAAAAAAUUUUAACUUUCAAGUGAAGCAGCUUUCCUUUUGUGUAGCACAUUAUGUCCUCAGGCUUGCACAAGUGCUUGUAACUGAUUACUCAAGUAUUUGAUCUAUUAAAGGUACACCUUGUGACCUAUUAAAAUCAGACUUUUAAAAAGGGACCUCAAGAGAAUAGUUUGUGUAAGUUACUGGAAUAGAAUUAUAUUUGUUCAUGGUUUACAGUUUCUGUAGGUGUCUGGCCUGUAUGAUAUCAUAUGCAUGUUUGUACUUUUAUUGGCAUCAAGUUUUAAUGAAAUACUAAGAAACAUGCCUAUGUGACUGUUUAUUCAAGCAAUCAUCAACUUCUGAACCCUCAAAAUGGAAAUCCUCCUCAUAAGCACUGCAGCUGUAUGUUCAGUUGCAAGUCAAGUACUGUACAGCUUUGUUACCUGCACAUUAAAAUUAUUGGCUUGAAGUUCUCCCUCA